UGAAAACAAGUCCAGUUCUCAAUUUUAUACGAUUCUGCCGUUAGGCAAUGUUGUACCUAAGUUUCAAAUAAAGGUGAACACUUUCGAGAGCUGAAGUCUCAGAACUUUCCGUAUCAAUGGUGCUGGACAUGGCUUCUCACAUGUACACAAGUCCACCUCAACGCCUUCACUUUCUUGCUUCUUCUUCUUCUCCUUCUUCUUCCCUUAAACCUCACUUAUACCUCUCUUUCAAACGCAAAACGCUACAACCCCAAUCAUCAACAUCCUCUGUCCUCGUCCGUUGCGCAUCGCGUAGCUCCAUUGUCACAACACCCAACAACAGAUGGUCUCUCCACGGAAUGUCUGCUCUUGUCACCGGCGGCACUCGCGGGAUCGGGCGUGCGAUUGUGGAGGAACUAGCCGGUCUUGGAGCAGAGAUUCACACGUGCGCUCGGAAUGAGGCCGAGCUCGAGAAGUGUUUGAGAGACUUGAACCGUUCCGGUUUUCGAGUUACUGGGUCGGUAUGCGAUGUCUCUGAUCGAACUCAGCGAGAGAAUAUGAUGAAGACGGUGUCCUCUGUCUUUGACGGGAAGCUCCAUAUCCUGGUUAACAAUGUUGGGACGAACAUCAGGAAACCAAUGGUAGAGUUUACCGCUGGAGAAUUCUCAACACUCAUUUCGACGAAUUUGGAAUCGGUUUUCCAUUUGUGCCAACUUGCUUAUCCGUUGCUUAGAGCAUCUGAAGCUGCAAGUGUUGUCUCCAUCUCUUCCGUCUCUGGUUUUGUCUCGCUUAAGAACAUGUCGGUCCAAUCUGCAACCAAAGGAGCAAUCAAUCAACUUACUAGAAGUUUAGCUUGCGAGUGGGCCAAGGAUAAGAUAAGGAUCAAUGCUGUUGCGCCGUGGUAUAUCAAAACAUCUAUGGUGGAGCAAGGUACAGAACAAAAGGAGAGGUCCAACUUUGUCUCUUGUUGCCAUCUUUUAACUAGCUCUUGUCUAACUAUCAGUGUGUCACGGGAUGCAGUGACAUACAUAACGAUGGAUAACAGGUGGAGUCUUCAGGGAAUGACCGCUCUUGUCACCGGUGGAACCAAAGGAAUUGGAGAAGCUGUGGUGGAGGAACUAGCAAUGUUGGGAGCAAGAGUCCACACAUGUGCCAGAGACGAAACUCAGCUUCAAGAACGUUUACUUGAAUGGCAAGAAAAAGGGUUUCAGGUUACCACUUCUGUUUGCGACGUUUCUUCUCGCGACCAACGAGAGAAACUCAUGGAGACCGUCUCCUCUCUCUUCCAAGGAAAUCUCAACAUCCUUGUGAACAAUGCGGGAACGUGUAUAACAAAGCCAACCACAGAGUAUACAGCAGAAGACUUCUCGUUUCUGAUGGCUACGAAUCUCGAGUCAGCUUUUCAUCUCUCACAACUCGCACAUCCUUUGUUGAAAGCCUCUGGUUCAGGGAGCAUUGUGUUCAUGUCCUCUGCUGCUGGAGUUGUUCAUUUGAGUGGCGGAUCCAUCUAUGGAGCAACCAAAGGAGCCAUGAAUCAGCUGGCUAGAGACUUAGCUUGCGAAUGGGCAAGCGACACCAUUAGGGCUAACUCUGUUUGUCCUUGGAUCAUCACAACUCCUCUAACUAACAAUUACCUCAAUGACGAAGUGUUUAAAAAAGAAGCGGAGCGUAGGACAUCAGUAGGACGUAUUGGAGAAGCAAAUGAAGUCUCGUCGCUUGUGGCAUUUCUCUGUCUUCCUGCAGCUUCUUAUAUCACUGGUCAAACCAUCUGUGUUGAUGGAGGUGGCACUGUCAACGGUCUCUCUUGGCUUUACAUGUAUAACCUAGCUAAAGAUCUUGUGACCAGAAUCUUGAAGAUGAUGAAAUCUGUUAACAACGCUGGUGCGAUUCUCACCAAGCCAACAACAGAAUACGUGGCUGAUGAUUUCUCGUUCCUUAUCUCAACAAAUUUGGAGUCUGCUUAUCAUCUUAGCCAGCUUUCACAUCCAUUUUUAAAGGCUUCUGGAUCUGGAAACAUCGUCUUUAUCUCCUCUAUGGCAGGGCUUGUAUCAAUUGACUGUGGAUCCAUCUAUGGUUUAACCAAAGGAGCUUUGAAUCAGCUAGCAAGAAAUUUGGCAUGUGAGUGGGCAAGAGACGGCAUAAGAUCAAACGCAGUUGCACCUAAUUUUAUCGGCACUGCUCUGGCUCAAGCUUAUCUUGAUGACGUCGGUUACAAGGAAGGUUUGUUCAGUAGAACUCCACUUGGGCGUGUUGGAGAACCAAGGGAAGUUGCAUCACUUGUGGCUUUCUUGUGUUUACCUGCAGCAUCUUAUAUUACAGGUCAAACAAUUUGUGUUGAUGGAGGUCUCACUGUUCAUGGCUUCUCCUAUCAGCCAAAGGCUUGAACCAAGGAAACUCCUCGCCUUUACAACAUUUCAGUUUCGAAUAAUAAUGAAAAACCUAAAAAAGGAUUUGUUCUGUUCUGGAUGAACUAUUCCAUGUAUGAAAAACUUAAGCUUGGCAAUAUGUUGGAGCUAUUGUUUGCCAUAUAUCUAUAUAUAUGGAUUUCAACAUUGUUUCCACUCAAUUAGAGUUUCGGAUCACCAAAUCAAGGAUCAUAUGUGAUUUCGGUCAAAUUGAAAAGACAAAUGACUGAAAUGAGAAAGUUUUGGUCGAAG